AUGGCUUCACCAGUAGGUCAUCAACGCAAUACCUCUCGUGGUCUAGCACUACGGCCCCGCAGCUCAACGCGAGGUCCUUUAGAUGAAUUAGACGACCCUCUUGCGCCGUCGACAUGGUCAACUUCACCAACUCCGAGCAAAAUCACGGGAAGCAACAAAUUCUCCGGCGAGUCUUUUCACGAAUUAGACCCGUUGGCACCACACGAUCCGCCAGAGACAUUGGGCAAAGACCUCUCAUUCCUUCUUCGACAUAACAUCUUCCAUCCCCUAACUCAAAUUGACAUCCCUUCUCCCUUACGCUCCGAAUUUAUCGUCCUCAACCCCGGCGAGCCUCUCUCUUCUUCUCUCGGCACUCUGGAGAAAUUGCUAGCGGAGGGUCGCUUUCUCGUUGCCGCUCAUUUCGUGGGAUCUAUACUGACAUCCUCGCUCGUAAACUCGACGGAUGUAAGAAUGAUAUUCUCCUUGUUCUAUACCCGAUUGGCAUGCUUGGAGCUGUCUGGGAAUCUAGCUCUUGCUGGCCAGGAGUCAAAGGCAUUAGAGGAUCUGAGUUCGGCAUUUUAUUACAUCGAUUCUACCUCACAUUCCCCCGAAACAGACGAACCUGAAAACAAUGAAUCUCGUGAUCGCCUCCCCCGUCAUAUCGUGCCGUGGCCAUUGCGUGUGCUUGCUGUGAGGCUUCAGAGUAUUGGAUUCGGUGAUUCCCGCCGGAGCAUUAACGGUUUAUAUGAGAUUGGCCUCGAAGCUCGGAGAGAGGUCAUUAAAAAAGAAAAUGGCGAAACCGAACGAAAAAUCUGGAGAGAACGAUUGGCAGACCUUGGAAUUAGGACUGUUAAUGCGCUGAUAGAAAUGGGCGAUCUCGAUGCCGCGAAGCGAUCAUUGGAAAGUCUACGCUCAUCUGAGCCUGAAACUGAUACCACAAAAUUAAGAAAAGCUCUUCUAUUUUUACGAGUUGGUGAUGUUGAUGCUGCGGAACGUGUUUUCGGCGACUCUCGCGAGUCGAAGGAGGCCGCUCUCUUGCAACCACUUCUGAGAAUGGCAGAAGGUGACUAUGUUGACGCUGUAUCCAAGUGGCGUACACUCGAACAAGACAAAUCACGCACGGAUGGGCCUCUAAUAGCACAAAAUCUGGCCGUAUGUCUUUUGUAUGCCGGGCAAUUAGAAGAGGCACGACAACUAUUAGAGUCACAGACCCUAGCCCAUAACUCGUUUGGAAGUCUCAUUUUCAACCUCUCAACGGUUUACGAGCUCUGUUCUGAUAAAGCAAGACAGGCAAAGGCGCAGCUAGCGGUUACGAUAUCAAAUCAGCCCGUUUCUGGACAAACCAAUCUGGAUCGCCCAAAUACGGACUUCAAGCUAUGA